AUGGACUCAUCUCUGGAAGGGCAAUAUGCUAAUAAAGAUGCAACUGCAUUGAUCGAGCUCGCCACAAAGUGCCUUCAGUAUGAAGCUAGAAAUAGGCCUGAUGUUAAGUUUCUUCUUACUGCAGUUGCACCCCUUCAAAAGCAGAUAGAGGGUUAUAAAAAUGAAGAGGGUGCGGAAAAUGAGCAUUCGUUCAAAGAAUGGACACAGCAAGUUAAAGACAUGCUGAACACGAAAAAAUCCGGAGAUAUUGCUUUCAGGGACAAGGACUUCAAGAGCACCAUCGAAUAUUAUUCCAAGCUGGCUCUUGCCCUAUCUAAGCUAGGGAUGGAGACUGAUGCUCACGACAUGCUCAAUGAUGGAACCACCUUUGAGGCUAAGCAGCUAAACAGCUGGCGAAACUAA